CCAGAACAGUCAGGGGUCCCACUCAAGACCUCUGCCUUAUUUAGUCCCUGCCAACCCCGCGGGGCAUUUGUGGGAGAAAGGGAGGAACGGAAUCUGAAUGGCCGAGCCAGACACCAAUCCAGGUCAGACGACUCGCAAGGGAAAAAGGCUGCCAUGUCCACCGUCAAUGUGGUCGCACAGCGCACCAGCGCAAGCUUGGUUCUCCCCGCACUUGCGCCGCCGGCCGCCGCAGCCAACAUGCCCACGCCAGGAGCGCCAGCGGCUGGCUUGUCUUCUACGUCUGCGACAGUGGUCACGACAGUCGCAAGCCCCAAACCCCAGCAGUCCAACGUUGUUGGCAUCAAAAGACUGCGGAGAGGCGACCACAAAGAGGGACGAACAACCAAGCAGAGACAGCGGACUCUGACCAAAACCAUGGAGCCUCCCGUUUUGUCUUUUUAUGGCGAACAGCCCGUCCCGCUGCCCUCGCGAUUCGCCCACCUGAAACGGAGACUGGUUACGGGCCACGAACCCGCCCUCGAAGCGUCCUGGGGACGCUUGCUUGAUGCUCUGCGCGAUGAGAUGAAGCACAUUGAAAGCCACGGCACAGGCUUGAUCCCCUGGAUCGAUUUUCGCGACGUUAGCAGUGCCUCAAAAGUCACCCCUUUUCGAGAAAGCGUCAAGCGAUAUGGAAUUGGUGUGGUGCGAGGCGUCGUUGACGAAUCCGACGCCCAGUCUUGGGUGGACGAGACCAAGACAUACCUCGAAACAAAGCACGAGUUUAAACCCCCACCAGCACAAGAUCCCACCUGUUUUGACUUCUUCUGGUCGCCCUGUCAAGUCCGCGCAAGAGCCCAUCCCAACGUCCUGCGCGCACAGAAGUUCGCCAUGUCCCUCUGGGAGACUAGCGAUGACGACCGGCUAGCGACGCGCUUCCCGAUCUGUUACGCUGACCGCAUUCGCAUAGACACCAAUACCACUGGCAGUUUGAACGGGACCGCAGGUGCAUCGGCAGUCGAAGACCCCCUGUCUCCUGCUACUUCGUCCACGCUCAUCGCGCAAGUGGACAACGGCAGUCUGGAGCGGUGGGAGCCGGAUGGUUAUGGUCGCAGUGGCUGCUACGAUGCCAUCUGGAAGGGAGAGUGGGAGUCCUACAACCCAUGGGAUCCGACAGGUCGCGUCAACGCAACUUCCGAUCUGUAUAAUGGCGCAGGCGCCUGCAGUAUGUUUCGCAUGUUCCAGGGCAUUCUGGCCCUGACCACUGUCGAACCCGGCAUGGUGCGCUUACUCCCAUCGCCCAAGCUUUCCACCGCAUAUUUCCUUCUGCGCCCAUUCUUCUCGCCAAAGAAGCCGCAUCCCGAAAAGGAUGCCGAGCCCGCGGCGUGGGACGAAUAUCUAGAUGCGUCUAAUUGGGCGCUUGAUGAGGAGCAGACGACUACGAUCCACGGUGCGGUUCCGGGUCACGCACAGCGUGUUACGGAAGUAUGGCACCCACAUCUCCAAUUGAGCAAGAGCUUAGUUGCGCCGCCAACUUUAAAACCAGGCGACUAUAUCGUAUGGCAUCCCGACGAGCCGUAUGCUUUCGAACGAGCUCCACCAAGCACGUCCAUGCUGGUUUACACACCAGCCGCGCCGUUAACACAAACCAACGCCCUGUUUCUGGCACGCCAGCGCAAGGCCUUUCUGCGCGGCCACCCAGGCCCUGAUUUCGACUCGACGGGCAGCGGCCUCGGCAGUGAGGCACCGCACACGGGCCGCCUCGAAGAGAAAGACAUUGCCGCGGUGGGCGGCGAGGAGGGCCUGCAGGCCAUGGGAUUGGCGCCCUGGAUCAUCAGCAAGUCGGCCGUGGAGGAGUCCAGGACGGUGACCCCUACUGAGGAGAGCGGCAAGGAAGUCGGUGACGACGCCCAGUCGGCCUCGAGCGACAAGUCCGGGUCCACGAUUUCUGCAGCCGAGGCCGAGGUAGUCAAGAUGGCCAACAUAAUCUUAUUUCCCGAUCGGUAUGACUUUUGGAUGCCCAGCAGAACGGGCACGCCGUCGGCUGAGGGCGGUGUCAAGGGCAGAGAUAAAGAGAAAGGGAAAGAGAAAGAGAAAGAUGCGUCCUCUCCGGCGUAGUUAGCUAGCUGACCUACGACGGGGAUGGUGUUGGGAUGCAAAUUUUGUACAUAGCUAUCGGCACAUAUUCGAUCUUAAGAUCUGAGUGCUCAAUUCCAACGCUUGCGUUUCUUUGUCCGAUUCAGAUUUCCACAUGUUGGGUUGGCUUUGCAUGCAUGGUAUCGCCGUUCUUUGUUGUUUGACUAAACAACUACUAUGUUCAUUAUAACUGUUCUAUAGAAGCAAACACUCCCGUGUCGUCUUUGUUCCCCC